CACUUGGACUCUGAGCUAGACCAUCGAUAUUUGAGCUUUUGCAAAUGAGUGACGCAGAAUGUUAAGAUGACUGUUGAUAGCGGUGGUGGAGGUCUCGGUGGUGGUGGCGGUGGAGGUGGUGGACCGCUGGUGGAGGAGGACCCAGGCGAGAAGGAAAUAUGUGCUCGACUUAUCAAUUAUCACUCAGCUUACAGUUCACAAGUGGUGCCCUCCCUGUGCUGUCUAGUGGGCCAUGUAUUUUUAACAUCCCCCUCUGAGCCUUCAGUUGGCCAUACUGUGAAAGACAACCAUCACCCUCACCACCAGCCCAACGCAACACAACAACAACAACAACAACAACAACAACAACAACAACUCUUAAACAACCAAACAUCACAAAAAUACAUCCUUUCAUCCUGGUUCGGCAACAACAACCAUCAACAACAACAACAACAACAACAACAGCAGCAACAACAACAGCAACAACAACAACAACAACAACAACACAGCCCUGGUCGAAACAUUCAGGGACCCGACGAUUUCCCUAUACUGGACGACCCUGAAAAUUUGUCAACGCUGUGGCCCGAUGACCCUGAUUCAGGUCACCCGUUUACCAAGGCAGCUCUUCAGGGGGACCUAGGAACAGUUAGGGGACUAUGUGGCAAGCAGACAUUCGAUCCAGCGUCCAAGAAGGCCCAGCAUGCUCUCCUUGUCGCCUGCAGGACUGGCAAUGUUGAGAUGACCCGUGUGUUGCUGGAUGCCGGGGUGGAUGUGCACUGCAAAGAUGCCAAGUCAGGCUGGCAACCCAUCCAUAUUGCUACCUACCGCGACCACGUGGCAGUGGUGGAGGCGCUGGCGAUGCACGGAGAAUGGCGUCGCGGUGUUGCCCUGGUGAGAUUCAGGGGCAUAACUUGCAAUCUUCUUCAUUUAGCAGCUAAUUUUGGCUGUCUGGCUGUCCUGCGGUACCUGCUGUCCCACACUGUCAGGCUGGGCCUGCACUUAGAAGUAAGGGACGCAGCACACUGGACAGCCCUACACCAUGCUGCGUUUGAGGGCAGGGCACAAGCUGUUACCCUCCUGCUGCAGGCUGGUGCUGAUAUUAACACAGCUGACCCGCAUGGAGUCACACCUCUCCACGCUGCAGCCUAUAACGACCACACCUCGAUCGUUAGGUUCCUUCUGAGCCGAGGAGCCAAUCCGAAGAUGAUUGUGAAGACGCCAACAUCAGCCACAUCAUCAGGGAGACAGCGACGAGCAAGUUACGCAGUAUUACCAACGGCACCUCAGCACCACGACCGCCACCACCAGCACCACCUGACCCUGAGCAACAUAGGUCGGGUGCCCAGGACAACCUCUUUAGACAACCUUUUCCGUCGUGGGUACAAGUGGAGCCCGAACGAGGCGCCGCAGGGGAGCCUGACCUCUCUGAUCAACUCCAGGCGUACUCCUACCCCUUCCCCGUCACCGCAGCCCGUCAGAGCUAAGUGGGAGAGGCUGUCUUCGCCCCCCAGCCUCUCCCCACCGGCUCUCUCCCAUGCAUUGUCUCAGGAGGUGCGUGGGAGGUCUGUGCGGGAGGUCAAGCUAGCGACAGUGACCUCAAAGUCCCUCCCAGCGUGUUACGGACAUGGAAAAACCAGGAAAACGUCACAGUUCGCGCUUGGCACUGAAAGAGGAUUGGAACGGGUGGAGCCUAUUCUGAAGUUCCACGUGGGGUCAACUCUCCUCCACUGGGCGGCAUCGAAGGGUUACGAUGACCUGGUGGUUGACCUCCUUGUUCGGGGCUUGUCUGUGGAUGCUUGUGACCGGUUGGGCCGCACUCCACUGGGGCUGGCCACCUUUGCCGGCCACACUAGUAUUGUCAACACCCUGCUGCAGGAGAACGCCUCUCUCUCUGCUGAAGACAAAGACUGGAGGAUAAUAUCUCGUGAGGAGGUUGGUCUCUGCAUCGUUCGGGUUAUUGAAGAAACUGCCGUGUGUUCCCUUGACGCGGCCAGGUCAGACGGCUUCACUCUGCUCCACCUGGCCGCCCAGCAAGGCUACCCGAACAUGAUGCAUCGGCUUCUGUCCCUGAAGGUGUCACCAGACGUACGCAACAACCAAGGCGAAACACCGCUGUUUGUCGCGAUCCGGAACAACCAGCUGGCCUGCGUUCAACAGCUGAUUAAUGCCGGCACGCGUCUGAACCUCGUCGACAACCGCGGGGGGUCAGCUCUGCACAUGGCCGCCAAGAACGGUAAUGUGACUGUAAUUGACAUGCUGUUGACGACGUCCGAGCUGGAGGAGGAGCGGAACGUUGAUAUUAACCGCUGCGACAAGAUCGGUUACACGCCUGUUUACUACGCCAUCAAUGCCAGCAGGUACGACAUCGUUCAGCGGUUCCUGGAGUACAGCCUGGUCCGCAAGGUGCACUGCAAGGCGACAAACGGCGAAACACUCCUGCAAUUUUACACCGAGCGGAACAACUUGGGGCAGUACGACAACGCAGUGGUGCGCGUGCUGGAGUGCGAGAAGCUCCUACACUCAACCAAGCCUAGCGCGGAGAUGUGUCUUCGCGUGCAGCUGGGGACGACAGAGGCCAGUUCCAAGGCCCGCGCUCAGCUACAGGCCAUGUACGAGUCAACGAGAGCACAACGCCACUGCUGGAACUUCUGGUUCUUUCUCUCGUGUUUCCUGCUUCCGUCGGUUUUCUACUACCUAGACGUGUACACCGACAUUCUGCUGGCGGUGGAGUACCAUCAAGAUUACCUGAAGAGCAUCAACGACUCUGACGUGGUGGGGACGAGGAACGUGACGAGUGCUAAUCAUUCACUGUCCGAGGAGAUGGUGGUGCUGGUGGAUGGCGAGGAGGAGCAGGAAGCAGAAGGAUUCCUCGCCAACCUAACAGACAACCCAGACAAGAUAAAUUUCCUUCUUACCGUUUUCUUCAUCCUGCUACCAAUCACCCUGCUGUCAACCUGGAAUCUGUACAUACACGUGACGCAGCAAGACAUCCUUCCUAUCUUCAAGCUGCUACCUUCGUUUUUACGCGUGUCGUUGUACACGCUUAUAUUCCUCACUCCCCUGGCACCUGUCAUGGCGUACCUUGAAAAUACUUACGCACAGAUGAAGCACAUGAACGUCACAGCACGUCAGAUGCAGGAGGUUGGGGUUGAUAACAAAGAGAGGCACAAUCCGCCAGUGGGGGGGGUUGCCUCUGAGCCCAGCAACGCCCUCUUCCCCCCUUCACAGCGCAAGGUGGACUCGAAAUCGUACAACAGCUUCCCCCCCCACGGGCCUACCAAGACCUACCGGCACCACAUGAGGGACAUGGAGAUCAGAAAAUAUUAUGACCUUAAACAUGUUGCGCAGAUGAGGGUCGCGAUCACCAAUGUCAUGGAGGCCACACUCGAGUCGGCCUUUCAGUUAAUUCUGCAACUGUAUAUCGUUGGGACCCAUUACACUGAGCUGGACCAGGUUAAGGACGUGACACUGGGCAGCAUCCUGUCUUUGUCUCCGCUGGGCCACAACACACAGCUCUCCAAGCAAGUGUUCUCUGUUCUCAUCUCCCUCGUGUCCCUCACCUGGUCCUUCACGUCCUACCACAGGUUCUCCAAACUCGGAGGGCUGACUAUUUUAAAUGCUCUGCCCCUCCUGUUCGCAAUAUUCUUCCAGGUGGUGUCCCGUGCCAUCGCCUGUACGGUGUUCACCCUGGCACACACAUGGAAGGUGUUUGUGGUGUUGGGUGUACACUUUGUGGUGGUGCUGGUGUUUAAACUCAAGCUGGAGGAGAGUUCAGUGUUGCCAGUACGCACACCGUUUUACUGUUGCCAGUGUUUUUUCAUGUACCUGCGUCCAUAUUUCUACGUUUUCCUUGGCACCAUUGCUUCUACGCUGGUGUACUUCAGAUUGGAGAGGCCGUCGGCUGUGAAGAAGCAGAGGGCGCGACGCCAUUCAACGGUAGUGAUACAGGUGUUAUUUUUAGUCCUAGCCUUCAUCGAGAACCUGGUGCUGCUCGCCCUGGGGAUCUGCUGGCUGGACGAGAAAUAUGACAGCACUUUUAUCAUAAUUUCUGCUGUCCUGUGUGCCAUUAGCUACCUUACUGGUGUCAUACUACAUGCUGUGUACUAUAGCUGCUUCGGACAUCCAUGGGUGGACAUCAACGGGCCGUCAGUGCACCGGGACGCAGACGAGGGGACCCUGGUGUUGUCGUAUUACCAGCAAGGCAAGGUGUCAAAGUGGGCCAUCAAUUCUUGUUGUAACAUUGAACACCACACAGAAAUGCCAUCCGAUUUAAUGCCUGGGUUUAUUUUAGGUAAAGACAUGGCCAGAAGCAGGGAGGUGGACUGGGACAACUUGUAGAGGACGUGGGGGGAUUGUGGAGUCUGUGGGGGACUUCUUGUGACUCUGGGAAGAUUGUGGAGCCUCUGGGGAGAUUGUGGAGACGCUGGGAAGAUUGUGGUGAUGCUGGGGAGCUUCUGAAGGCCCUGGUUAACCUGUGGGAGGCCUGGUGGGCUUCUAAAGGCUCUGGUUAACCUGUGGAAGGCCUGGGUAGCUUGUGAAGGCUCUGGUUAACCUGUGGGAGGCCUGGUGGGCUUCUAAAGGCUCUGGUUAACCUGUGGAAGCCCUGGGCACCUUGUAAUGGCUCUGGUUAACCUGUAGAAGCCCUGGGUAGCUUGUGAAGGGUCUUGUUAACCUGUAGAAGGCCUGAGUAGCUUGUAAUGGCUCUGGUUAACCUGUGGAAGCCCUGGGUAGCUUGUGAAGGGUCUUGUUAACCUGUAGAAGCCCUGGGCACCUUGUAAUGGCUCUGGUUAACCUGUGGAAGCCCUGGGCACCUUGUAAUGGCUCUGGUUAACCUGUGGAAGCCCUGGGUAGCUUGUGAAGGGUCUUGUUAACCUGUAGAAGCCCUGGGCACCUUGUAAUGGCUCUGGUUAACCUGUGGAAGCCCUGGGCACCUUGUAAUGGCUCUCGUUAACCUGUGGAAGCCCUGGGUAGCUUGUGAAGGGUCUGGUUAACUUGUGGAAGCCCUGGGCACCUUGUAAUGG